CACACCACAUGGUUAAAUGUAUCUUGCAUCUCUGAUGUUAAUCGCAAGUAUCACAGGCAUGAAUCUUUGGGCCAAGCUGUGUGUGGAAUUCCUGAGCUGAGCUGACUGUUAAUCUUCAUCAAAGAAAGGUCAUCUAGAGAAAAAAAACUACAUUUACACAUCAGCAGCUCUUCGAUUGGUGUGUGUUACGAUUUCUUGUAAACCUCCUCCUAAGCCUUUCAAACAGGUUUUUUCUACCCCUCUCUUCUCACUACAUACUAUCAAUCAUAGACACUGUCUCUAUAUCAAAACAAUCAAGUCAACUUGAAGCAAUCAAGAAGGCUUAUUGAACAUGAUCAUCCUCGAUAAAGCAAAGCUCAAACAUAAAAGACAUAAUCAUCAACGUAGUUGGUCUUCAUCAAACUCAUACCAUCGAAAUGUAUUUAUCGAUCACGAAGGUAUCGAACAUGAUCCAGAACAUUGUCAUUUCCCCUUGACAACACCUGCAUACCAUCGUCGAUGGAGAUCUGAUCAUUCAGAUUCAGAUUCAGAUUCAAGCAUCACUGAAUCUCUUCGUACACCUCCUCCACUCAAUCUUUGGUCACAACCACACUCGAUACCAAAUACGAUUCCUGAAAAACCACCACCACCAUCUUCACCUAUCACCAUCAAAGGCUUUAGACGCGGUUUUGAAUCUUUGAAACUUGAGUUUAGGAUAGGCUUAUUAAGAACUCGAAAGAAAGUUCAAAAAGUCUGGAAAUCACUUUGAGAUGGGUUUCCCGAAAAGGAUGUUGGAUGUAAAACAGGGAUGGAUUAGAGAUGUGAGACAUACGAUCACUUAAGACGUCCCAACAUCUAUUACCACUUUUAAAUUCUCGUAUGAAGUUUUUUUUAUGUGGUGCUUUUGACUUUUUGUUUGGUUUAUAUAGGGUUUAUUUACGGUUUUAGAUUUCUAUUGUUAUUUUUUUCAUUCUUUCAUUUUUUCUAUUUCGAUGGACUAGACUUGAUGUGGGUUUCUUUUGAUAUUUCUUUUAUAUUUCUUUGUAUCGAUGAAGAGAAUCUCUUGAUCUUCUUCUUUUUUCUUUCUUCAAGUUUUUCUUAAGAUCUUGAUCGUUGUAAAAUGUUGAUGUAUGUAUAUAUAUAAUUCUCCACAACUCGAUCUUUUAUAUAUUUUGAUGCAUGUAUCCUCAAUUAUUUUUUAUUAGUCUUCUUGCUUCUUUUGGUGUGUAUCGAUGAAUCCCUAAAAUAACAAUGAUCUAACUUUACCAGACCU